UCACUAUGAAGCCCAAAAACUAAAGAAGAAUUUGCUUUUUUUCAACAAAACCUACCAACCCUAACCCCUAAAAUCCCUCUAUCUACUCCUAUACCUGCCUUCCUGCCAAAGUUCUCUAAUCCCAAAUGAUGUUCAGACAUGAAACUCUAGGACCCAUUUCAGCUGUAUGUUUCUAUGUACAUUCAAUGUAUCUCAUCACAGAUUUCUAGAUCUGUAUAUCUGCUGAUCAUGGAUCAGUGCUUUUUCAAAUCUUGAAUUCAUGGUGUAGAUUGAGUUUUGUGGAUCUGUAAAUGUAGAAUUGCAGCUUGGGUGUGUUUAAUUUCAUCAUUUGGAGGGACAUUUUGGUGGGUUUCUCUUAUCUUGUUUGUUUGGUGUAUGACUGCUAGGGUUUCUCCAUUUUAUCCAAGAUUGAAGCUUUUUUAAUCAAAGAUUUGAUUUUUAUUAUCAAAGAUUGGAUCUUUUGCUUUACAGAUGGUUGGUUAUCAACAGAGAACUGACUUUAUUUAUGGGGUUUAUCAAGUAACAGGAUCUGGGUACUAGGUGCAGGAGGAUUUUGGGUUUGGUACAAAAUUCCCAUAAAAAAUUGGUUCUUGAAAAGGUGAAUUAGGUUGCAUUGGGUGUCACUGUUGAGGAAAUUUUUUAAACCAGUGUUGUAUAGUUUAUUGUCUGUUGAAGUAUUGGUGUUAACAUGUCCUUCAAGAGUAUGAUUCAGGACAUGAAGGAUGAGUUUGGGAGCAUUUCGCGGAAAGGAUUUCGCUCUAGGUCACAUAGGGUGGUUCAGGAUUGUACGGUGACACUCGAUGCUUUGAGGCAAAGUUGUUGGGCUAAUAUGCCGCCUGAGCUAUUGAGAGAUGUCCUAAUGAGGAUUGAGGAGUCCGACUCUGAUUGGCGUCCGAGGAAAAAUGUGGUUGCGUGUGCUGGUGUUUGUAGGAGUUGGAGAGAAAUAAUGAAAGAAAUUGUCAAAACACCCGAAGUUAGCGGGAAAUUGACGUUCCCAAUCUCCUUGAAGCAGCCUGGUCCAAGAGACAAGCUUGUUCAAUGUUUCAUCAGAAGGAACCGCAGCUCACAGACAUAUCACCUCUUCCUUAAUUUAAAUGAAGUUGCUAACGAUGAUGGUAAGUUCCUUCUUGCUGCUCGGAAGUGUAAAAGGCCAACAUACACAGAUUACAUCAUUUCUUUAAAUGCUGAAGAUGUUUCCAAGGGUAGCAGCACCUACAUUGGGAAGCUGAGAUCCAACUUCUUGGGGACCAAGUUCACUGUCUACGAUGCACAACCAUCUAAUGCAGGAGCUAAAGUCAGUAAAUGUCGCUCUACUAGGUUUGUUGGGAUGAAACAAGUCUCUCCAAGAAUACCCACUGGCAACUAUCCUGUAGCUCACAUCUCAUAUGAGUUGAAUGUCCUGGGGGCUAGGGGGCCCAGGAGGAUGCUGUGUAUCAUGGAUGCAAUUCCGGCUUCUUCUAUUGAACCUGGGGGCUUAGCCCCUACGCAAACAGAAUUUGUUCCGGUGAAUGUAGAUUCCUUCCCCUCCCUCCACUUUUUUAGAUCAAAAUCAACUCGCGUGGAUAAUUUCUCAUCCGGGCCUUUACCAAGUCCAAAAGAUGAAGUUCUAACUUUGAAGAACAAAGCUCCUAGGUGGCACGAGCAACUCCAAUGCUGGUGUCUUAACUUCAAUGGCCGGGUGACAGUCGCUUCUGUAAAAAACUUUCAGCUAGUUGCUUCUCUCGGGGAUGGAGCUGGACAGGAAAAUGAGAAUGUUAUUCUCCAAUUUGGGAAAGUGGGAGAGGAUUUGUUCACCAUGGACUAUCAGUAUCCUAUCUCUGCAUUUCAGGCAUUCGCUAUCUGCCUCAGUAGCUUUGACACCAAAAUUGCUUGCGAAUGAUGAGAUAACAGACUGAAUCGUGCAGGUUCUGCUAGAAGUACUGAGGUGUUUGGAUUGGGAGAUUGCACUAACCCUAUUUACGUUGGUUACUGAACUAACGCUCAGUUAAAUUGCAGUAGGUAUGUUUGUUGUUGAGGAUUAAUCACCCGUUCUUCAUGCUCUUGGACCUUUCGUUUCUUGGAUUUUUGUAAAUAGACAAGGAUGUUUUCACAGUUUGGUUCAUCCAACUUAACUAUUUCUGUUAGCACAAUGUUGAACUGUAAUACAUAUUGCACCUAUCUCCUGUGUGAGAUGUACUUUCAUUUCUGAA